GUGUCGGUGUUCCCGGUCAGGCGCUCUGUGGACUGCUAAACCCGGUCCGUGUGACGUGUAGGACCUCCUCCUCCGACACACAGCAGCAGUAAUGGCGGACUACGACACCUACGAUGAUCGGGACCGGCCCUACGGCAGCUUCGGCGGCAGCAGAGGGCCCCGUGGAGGUGGUGGCGGCGGCUCCGGAGGCCCCCGGAGGCAGAAAGAGCUGCCGACAGAGCCGCCGUUCACGGCGUAUGUGGGAAACCUGCCGUUCAACACGGUGCAGGGCGACAUCGACAUCAUCUUCAAAGAGCUCAACAUCCGCAGCAUCCGAUUGGUCCGAGACAAAGACACAGACAAGUUCAAAGGUCAGCAGCCCAUUGGAGGAUGUCCCACUGUGUCCCCUCACGGUGUCCCCUCACGGUGUCCCCUCACUGUGUGUCCUCACUUGCCGUGUGACCUCUGCCCCCUGCAGCUUUUAGAUCAGAGGUCACUGAGGGUGGACAUCGCAGAGGGACGGAGACAAGAGCGAGGAGGAGGAGGCUUUGGCUUCAGGAAAGAUGAUGCCAGAGGACGAGGAGGUCCUCGAGGAGCGUCCAGAGGAGGACGGGACAGCCGUGAGGACUUCGAACAUCAAGGAGGAGGAGGAGGAGGAGGAGGAGGAGGAGGAGGAGGAGGUUAUAGAGAUGACGACUACAUUGGAGGGCGGAGUCGAGGCGGUGGUGGUGGCAGCGGUCGCCCCGGUGAAAGAAGGGGAGGAGGUGGAGGACCCGGAGGUGCAGGACAGGGUCGAUACAGAGAGGGAGCCCCCCGUGGAGGAACGACAGACUUCAGGGAACCGUCUGAAGAGGAGCGUGCACAGCGGCCUCGGCUGCAGCUGAAGCCUCGGACCGUAACUGAGCCGCUCAACCAGGUCGCCAACCCAAACUCUGCCAUCUUCGGCGGAGCCAGGCCGCGAGAGGAGGUGAUCCCCAGAGACAAACCUUAAGAGACUGAAGGCCAUGAGGGCCAGAGGGAGGGGGAAGGGGGGGAGGGAUUAGGGAGGAGAGAGGGGGGGCGGGGGGCGGGGGGGUGAACAGAUAGAGAACUUUAACAAAGAUAAAGAAACGCCAACGGGAUGAGUUUAAACGCCACAGUUAGCAUUCCUUCCUGACAGACAGCGAGUGGACGCCACCCUCCUCUUCUUCCCCUUCUUCUUCCCUCUUCUUCUUCUUCUUGUUCUUUUUCUUCUUCCUCUUCUUCCUCCUCUUCUUCUUCUUCCUGUUUGAGUUCAGUUUGAGCAGAAUAUUUAUUCUUAGUCGGAAUAAAGACGAACACACUCUGACACUGACGAAUAAUAACCCUGUAAACACAAACACAACGAGCAGCUUGUGAAUGCAUGUCCGAACUUUGGGUUUCUCUGCCCCCCCCCUCCCCCGCCCCCCAACAUGUCAGCUUACUGUGAUGUCAUAGCUGCUUUGUCCUGUUGCCCCGCCCCCUGCUCCUCUGCCGCCAGGUCAAAGAUCGCACGCCAUUUACCCCAAGAGAAAGAAGCCCAGAGCUUAAAACCUGUCAAGUCAUUUUGUUUGUGUUUUGUAGUCAUCCAGCUGAAGCCACGCCCCCUCACCCUGAUUGGUUAAAUUGGACAAACUUUUUUUUUCGUUCUGUCUUUGUCACCGCUCGUUGCUUUGGUGACUCAUCAGUCAGAUUUUACAGCUUUUGAUCAAAAGUCACGUUUCAUAUUUUUGCCCCGCUUUGUGUUUGUCGGUUUUAUUCUGCAUGUCCUUGUGUGUGGGCGGGGUUUCAUCUGCGUUAGGACAGAUUUACAGCUCUCUACAAGCUCCGCCCCCCACCAAUACCUGCAGCACCUGAUGGAAAAGUUUUUAAAGAUAAAAAAACGCUGAUGUUGAGAUUUCUGUUCCCAUGAUGCACUGCUGCUCGACGCCUCCGUAGGUGAAAACUGCGUUCACUGCGUUCAGGUCACGUGAAGAAAAAGGGAAAAAGUGAUUUCCUAACAGAAAACUGACUCUGCUGGAAACGAUUUAUUGUCGAUAAUCAAACAUUUACCAAAAACACAAACAACAGAAUCUGUUUUCAUUGUUCUGUUCCUGGAAACAGAAACAAACUACAAUCAGGGAAUUGUGUCCCACAACCUGAACGCAACACAAGAGGGGCGUGGCCUACAGUUAAGGCUCCUCUGAUUGGUUGUCUCGGGCCAAAGCAGAGUAUGUUAGAUGUUUCCUGAUGAUGCGAUGGCGCAUUUGUCGUUUUCCCACCCAAUCAGAUUUAAACAUAAGACAAUAUCUCUGAUUGGUCCGUUGAUCCACACUGAAAACUUCACCUGAACUGGAGCUCCUUCUUUUCUUUUUCUCUUUCAUCUCUGACUUCAUUGUCUUUCUUACUCUAUAAACUACUUUUUAAAAAAAUAUUUCUACGAUGAAGACAAAUGUUUGACGACCGAACAGAAAUUAAAAAAUCUAAGAAAGAAAAAUUAGCAAAGGAAAAAGAAAAUAGGGGAAAAAAUGGUACUUUUCCUUUUCAUCCGUUUCCUUUUUCUUCCUUCUUAUUUAAACUAUUGAUUUUAUCUAUACGAUGAAGACAAGUGUUCGACGACUGAACAGAAAUGUUGAGAAAAAAAAAUUGGGUUCAAGGAAGCAAAGAAGAAAUGAUCAAAAAACAAGGGAAAAAGAAAAUAGUAAAAAAAUGUUAUCUUUCAUCCCUGAUAUUAUUUUGUUUCUUCUUCUUUCAAUUAAUGUUUUUGUCUUUUUUACGAUAAAGGUAAGUGUUUGACGGCCAAACAGAAAUUCAAAAUAAUUUAGGAAAGAAAAUCAGGGUCAUGGAAGGAAAGACGAGUAAAUACUAAUUUAACAAUGAAAAAAAAAAAAAAACAGGCAAAAAAUGUUCUUUUUCUUUUCCAUCCCUGAUUUAAUCUGUCUCUUCUUCUUUAUUAAACUGUUGUUUCUGUCUUUUUAAGAUGAAGACAAGUGUUUGACGACUGAACAGAAAUUCAUAAAACUGUUGGAAAGAAAAUCAUGCAUGGAAGGAAAGAAGAGUAAAUCCUAAUUUAACAAGAAAAAA